AUGGCUUCCACAACUUCCAUCAUCGACUUUGGUGCACGCACCAGACUCAUCGUCACCCUCUUCGACGAAAACAGAUUCGAAGACUGCAAGAGAGAAAUCGCAACCAUCCUGGGCUAUCAAGAAUUACCGCGCUACUACCGCAUCAAAUGCCAUAUCGUUCUCGCAGAAUGUGAAGAUGACUGGUACGCCGCCGAAAGGGAGUUCCAGAUCGCAGAAAACAUGUGGUGGAAUGCCCGUAUUAUGUGGCCCGUCGGAACAGCAAAUGAAAGUACAAAUUGGCUGCUGAACAAACUGCGCGGGAUGCUCGACAGUCUCAGAGCACACCUGGAGGAGCAUCGACCUUUGGAGCAUGUGGAGAAUGAAGAGGAGUCAGAAGAAAAUGCAAUGCAGUCUGCAGAGGACGAUGAAGAGAUGUUUGCAGGAACUGCAGAGUCUGAAUUGGUCGAAGAGGAGCAAAGUCAAGACAAGGAAGAGUCCGAGUAG